AUGGCAGCGCCUUCGACUUCGACUUCGAGCGAGGCUUGCAAGUAAGUCACGAGCUAAAACUGGAAAUAGUGAAUGCUGGAGUCUUCUGCAUACUCUUCUCGUCUCUUGUACCGUUGCAAUUCUCGAUUUAUUGCGUUCAUCUGCGGCUAAAAGCCAAUUUUAAGCCUGUAUUAUUUAAUUUAAUUUUAUUAAACUGCGUGUGUUUUGAUGCUUCUCUUUAGUUCAGUAAUGUUUUGGACUCAUGAUCAUGAAGCCAUUCUAUGCAGAGAAGUCGUCAAUGUAAAUUCCUACACAACUAAGAAAGGGUCAACACAAAGAAGUAGAAUGUGGGAAAAAAUAGCAGACAACUUGAACAAAUUCACUGUGCCGAAAUUCAGGGUUGAUAAGCGAUCAGUCCGAGACCACGUGGGAAUCCUUGUUUACAAGCAUAAGAAGAAACUUCUAGCGGAGUAA